AUGUCUCAUACUCGCUAUCCACCUGGCUUCGGUGCCGCCCGAAAAUGUUUCCAGUCGUUAACUGAAGGGAUGUGGCUUCUGAGUAUGCCGGCCGACCUGCAUACACACACAUCGGAUGCUUUCGUCUCUCGAAUCACUUCAUCUAGGCCUGCCGGUGGAAUCUCAAGGUGGGGCUACAGAUCCUUCCUUGCUGCAGCGGAACAGGUUUGCUCGCUUAUUGCAUGCUCGACACUUUUGCCUGUUCACUCAGCAAACGGCGUGGUUCGCGAAGAGGGACACCGGCCAGCCCCGGUGGAACCAGAUAGGGACAUGGCACGCCCAACCAUUGCCUCCUUAAGAUCUGACGACAUCUUUUCUCUUGUGCGGGCCAGGGAGCCCAUUCUGCUAUUUCCGUUGGCUCUCGUCCCUUUUGCCUGUCAUUGGGCAAAAUGUGUAGCGAAGGCGAGAGCUUUCACUCCAACGGUCUUCGGUCUUCGGUCUACCUUCCUCGAGGCUGCGCCGUCGACCGGAGACAGGCCAGCCUCGAGAAAUUUGGGGCCGGUCAGAACCUGGCAGACCGAGGCACCUGGGGUUCGACACCCUCAUGAGAGCACAGCCAUUGAUUGUACCCAAAGCUUGCAUCUACUACACCUAACUGUUGAUAUUCUCAAGCCCGCCGGUGCGGUACCUGGAUUGGAGAUGAGGUUUUUUCCCCCUUGGUCUUGCGUCCCUUGCAUUAGUCGUGCCCUGAUGGAGGGUUGGAUUGGCAGUCCAUUUGCCGAUGCUGAAUUACCAAAUGCAGAGGGGACGGAAGCGAGAGGGGAAGACACGGGUGGCCGUACCGCCCAAUUCUUUUCUGUCAGUACGGUUGCAUCGAGGAAGCCCACAGGAAGAAGGAUCCCUCAUCCAACAGCCUCUUCGCUGUGCCCACUUCACAUGGAACGAAGCCGGCUGACCGGGUGGGGGCCCGACGAUUCUGAAUUUCUGACGGGGGAUUAUGACCGAACAGAAGGCCGAUGCGGAGGCUCGCCUGAGUCUUCUUUGGCCUUUGAGUUGAGCCUGCGUGCGUGGAAGACCGGUGCCUUUGGACCGGCCUGGACUCGGCCAAGAAGGAAGAAGGAGAAGAAGAAAUGGAAAAGGUACUUCCAUUCUUACAGCAAGCCGUCAAGCCAAGGUCGGCACUCGAAUCUCAACAGAAAAAGGCAAAAAAGGGAUCAGAAUUUUCACUCUCCGGUCCCGACGGAAUCCAAAUUCGGAUGA